AUAAAAGACUUGGUCUCCAAUCGAUCGGACAUCAGUCGCUGCUCAUCGGCACUCGAGGCGUUUUUUUUUUGGAAUUGGUAUCAUCGCAUCAAGUGGAUUAGUAGUCAGCAUGAAGGUCUUCGUUUGCAUGUGUGCUCUGUUCGCUGUGGCCAACGCUGGCUUCCUGGGACUCCUCGGCGGUGGCGGUGGAGGCGGCGGUGGCGGCCUUAACCUCGGAGGCGGUGGUGGCAACGGAGGCGGCGGUGGUGGCAACGGAGGCGGCGGUGGUGGUGGUGGCGGUCGCGGCUACGGCGGCCAUGGACCAAGUGGCCCAGUCCAGGUGGUCAAGGUGAUCCACCAGCAGGGCGGCGGCGGCGGUGGCGGCGUUGGCUACUCCUCCGGCGCUAGCUAUGGCGGCGGCUAUGGCUACGAAGCUGCUCCCCAGGUCUUCAAGGUGAAGGUCAUCUCUGGCGGCAGCGGCGGUGGCUAUGGACCCGCUCCUGGACCCGUUUAUCUGCCUCCAGCUGGGCCCGCCCCCUCCUCCGUCAAGGUGAUCAAGAUCCUGCAGGAGUCCGCUCCCAUUGUGAGUGCCCCGCUGGUCGAGAGCGCCCCGCAGAUCGUCAAGGUGGUGAAUGUGGCAUCUGGACCCGUGGCUGGACCCUCUUUCAUCGGCGGCUCUUCGGUUGGCGGCGGUGCCGUGUCCCAGGUCAUCAAGGUCGUUCACGAGAGCCACGACAGCGGUAUCUCGUCGGGUGGCUACUCGGCCGGUGGUUACUCCUCCGGUGGUUACUCUUCGGGUGGAGCCACCAAGGUGGUGCGUGUGAUCCAUGAGCACUCCGCUCCAGCUGCCGGUCCCGCCUAUGCCCCCAUCGAUGUGCCCGCACCAGUGGCUGCACCAGUCGCUUCUUACCUGCCUCCUCAGGAGAUCGCUGCUCCGGCUCCAGUUUAUGCUGCUCCCGCUCCGGCUCCAGUUUACGCUGCUCCCGCUCCAGCUCCAGUUUACGCUGCUCCCGCUCCAGCUCCAGUGUACUCCGCACCUGCUCCCGCUCCAGUGUACUCUGCUCCUGCUCCCGCUCCAGUUUACGCUGCUCCCGCUCCAGCUCCAGUGUACUCUGCUCCUGCUCCCGCUCCAGUGUACUCUGCACCUGCUCCCGCUCCAGUUUUCUCCGCACCUGCUCCCGCUCCAGUUUACUCCGCUCCUGCCCCGGCUCCAGUCUAUGCCGCCCCAGCGCCCGCUCCCGUCCUGAGUGUGCCACAUCCCGCUCCUGCACCCGUUUUUGCUCCCGAGGAGCAGUCCCUGCCCAUCGGCCACGCCCCUGCCCAGACCUACGGCCCACCGGGUUACUAGAGAGAUUGGCCAUCUAACGAAGGACCUUCCUGCUAACUACAUCGACAGCAUAUUACCAUUCCUACACAACGCCAUGAGUUAAUUUAAGACAUUUUUUUUACAACACAUUUUUUUGUUACCAAAUACAUAGACAAUUCCAAAAAAAAUCCAAUUUU